GUUGCCACGGCAGCGUGACGCCGAGGCGGGGCCGGAAGCGACGCACGACCACUUCCGCUUCCGCAAGAACGGCUCUUCCGGAUCGGGAGAAAGGUGGCGGCGCCGUGGGAGUUUCCCUACAGGAACAGAAUGGAAGGAGGACCGAGCAGAUUGGAAAUUCACACCCCAGUAUUUGACAAGAAAAAGAAAAAAUACUCUGUAUAUAAAGAAGGACACCUAAGGAGUUCCCAUGAAAGUUUCAGAGACGCUCCUCUGACAAGUGAACAGCGUCAUAUAACCAAGAGUAAAAAAAAGAGAAAGGAUUUCCAGCAUUUUCAUUCUUCCCCUUUGCAAAAAUCAGAAAUUUGCGAGGAGACUGAAAAGACCACUUCUAUACCCAAAAAGAAUAAAAAGAGAAGACAGAAGGCUUUGGGGGUAGAUGAGGAAACAGGCGUGGUGUACGUCCUGGUGGAUAAAGAAAAUAUCAAGGACACGCCGAAGAAUUUUAGGAGUGACGUCGAUGUCGUGUACGUGGACACGAGCAAGGAACAAAAGCCGACACAAGAGCCUGACGCAGACGAACCGCAGUCCGUUCCCAAGUCACAUGAAAAUGAGUCCGAAGAACCGCAUCAUAAAGUCAGGGAGAAAAAGAGGAAAAAACAUCGGAAGAACGCGGCAUCGGGCGAUGCUGUGCAGGAAAGCCCGCGUGCGAGCCUGCCCCUGCCCGAGGUGGAACCACCCCAGCCAGAAGCCCCCCUUUCCGUGGGCCCAGAGGGCGAAAUUGCCCAGCUGCCAAUACCCGCAGGUAAAAAAAAGUCUAAGAAAAAAAAGAGAAAAAUUUCACACAACCAGGAAUUUGAGGCAGUGCCCAGGCCUGAGGGUCUGGAGAACGCGCACUCCGAAGGAUGUCGAGGGGUCAGCGGUGUAAAGAAAAAGUCUAAGAAACGGAAGCGAAGCUCUUCUGCUGAAAGCCCCGUAGCGCCUGGUGGGGAGUUUUCAGCGCUCGCCGCCAGCUUGGAGGACGCGCACUUUGAUUCGCUGCUGGGAAAUGGCACCUUGAUUGGAGAAAGGGAGGAGCCCAGGCCACGGGAGGAGAGAACCCAGGCCUGUAUGGGAGAGGUGCAGAGGUUGGAACCCACAAACAAAGAAGAAGGCCGUCUGGAAGUGGCCACAGGUUCCGAGACGAGAUACUUACCCGAAGAGUCGAGAGAUUUGGGCGACUCGGAUGUGGAUUUGGACUCGGCCGUGAAGCAGCUCCAGGAGUUCAUCCCCGACAUCAAGGAAAGGGCCGCCACCACCAUCAAGAGGAUGUACCGGGAUGACUUAGGGCGGUUUAAGGAAUUCAAGGCACAGGGUGUCGCUAUUAGAUUUGGCAAGUUUUCUGUAAAGGAAAAUAAGCAGUUAGAGAAAAACGUGCAAGAAUUUCUGUCCCUGACCGGAAUUGACAAUGCAGACAAGCUGCUGUAUACAGACAGAUACCCAGAGGAGAAAUCUGUGAUCACCGACUUGAAAAGAAAAUACUCCUUUAGACUGCACAUCGGGAAGGGCAUUGCCCGGCCCUGGAAACUCGUUUACUAUCGAGCAAAGAAGAUGUUUGAUGUCAACAAUUACAAGGGCAGGUACAGCAAAGGAGACAUGGAGAAAUUAAAGAUCUACCACUCCCUGCAUGGAAACGACUGGAAGAAGAUUGGCGAGAUGGUGGCUCGAAGUAGCCUCUCUGUUGCCCUGAAGUUCUCCCAGAUCAGCAGCCCGAGAAACCACGGUGCUUGGAGUAAGACGGAAACCCAGAAGCUAAUCAAGGCUGUGGAAGAAGUGAUUCUAAAGAGAAUGUCUCCCCACGAGUUACAGGAGAUGGAUUCUAAGCUCCAAGAGAACCCCGACGGCCGCCUGUCUAUUGUCAGGGAAAGUCUCUACAAGGGCAUUUCUUGGGUAGAAGUAGAAGCCAAAGUAGAAACCAGAAAUUGGAUGCAGUGUAAAAGUAAGUGGACGGAAAUUCUAACCAAGAGGAUGACGAAUGGUCGGGAUGUGUACCGCGGAGUGAAUGCCCUGCGGGCCAAAAUCAACCUGAUCGAAAGGUUGUAUGAAAUAAACGUGGAAGAUGCUAAUGAAAUAGACUGGGAAGAUCUUGCUGGUACCAUAGGUGAUGUCCCGCCGUCCUACGUUCAAACUAAGUUUUAUAAGCUGAAAGCUACCUGUGUUCCCUUUUGGCAGAAGAAGACUUUUCCAGAGAUCAUAGACUACCUUUACGAGACCAGUCUGCCUCUGCUUAAGGAAAAGUUAGAGAAGAUGAUGGAGAAAAAAGGUGCUGAAAUCCAGACUCCCGCGGCGCCCAGGCAGGUGUUCCUACUCCGAGACAUCUUUUAUUGUGACGACACCAGUGAGGGAGAAGACGGGGAGGAGAAGAAUUAAGGGGAGGACACUGUGCCUUGGGCACCCCUCCAGGUGUCGUUGGAUUUCUUUGCAAUGGGGCGGAGAACCUGUUUCCAGGACUGAUGUUUAGGAGAGAGAGAAGGAGCCAUGGCCACAGGAAGGGGAUGACGAUACCUUGCGUGGCGGAGCAUCCCACGGUGAUUCGCACACUCACGCUCUAGUGCGUUUGAGCGUGCAGGGAAAGAGGUGCGUAAGAGUCGACUUAAUGCUUCCGUGCCGUUGGACACAAUCACAACGAACGGUUCUCCUAAAACCACAGUAUCCCCCGUCCCUCUCGUCGCGGCACAGGGUGUGGAGUCACGGCCCGUGAACAGUUCGUGCUAAGGAUUUCAACGUACACGCUCGGCCAAAAGGGGAACGCUACCAGUUUUCGUCACCGUGCCUGCCGGCUUGCCUUCUGUCUUCCCAGUUGUUACUCUGUGUGCUCAGUGUGCGUGAGUAUCAGGUGUGUGUUACCAGGGAGUUGUGGACCCGCUGGGCUCCCAGACUGGCUUCACUUCGCACGUCCCUGCCUUCGUGGGCGGGCCUCUUCCUGAGUGAGUCAAGUGCUCAAGGGUACGUAUUCUGCAUACGAGCUGCGUUCCCAAAGCCACUGAAUUCACCUGGUGUCCAACUGGAGAGAAACCAAAACCCCAACCCCAGCAGACUCUUCCACUGCUUCCGGAAAAUCCGGUUCUGUGAGAUUUUUGGAGGGCUGCUGUGUGGGUCUGAGGCACAGCUCACACCCUGCAGGGUUUCAAGGAUAGUUUUGAGUGUUGGGCCAUUCCGUCCGCCAGGAAAGCAAAACCAUUCCAGAGAGUUGGAACAGAGGAUUCAACCUAGGGAUUUAGGUUACAACGUUGUUAAACAGGAUCGAAGACGCGAACGGGAAGGCUGGAUUCCCGAGCAACGAGUGACUGAGGGGAGGCGGUUGUGGCCCUGCUAACGUGCCCUGUCCCCGUGCUGCCUGGGUUGUCUCCUGCUGCUGCCCUGGCGGGACCCUGUGUCUCCUCAGAACACAGCAGCUGCUGCCUCGCUCCUGCCUUCCAUCGUCUCCCUCUCCUCCAGCCCCUCGGCAGAACCCUGCUGGCCCGGGGAGUGGGGUUCCAGGAUUCUAGCCGCACCCGUCCUGGGGAGGACAUAAGAUGAGGGUGAACAGCGUCCCAUGCAGCGACGUCGCCAUCUACGCCAAGACAGAACUGCACUGUCUCCUGAGCAUUCUCUCCAAUGUCAUGACUCUCGCAUCACGACGUGUGCUGUUGGUUAAUUCAUCCGUGAAGCCAGAUGUUUGCCCAAAGCUACCCUACCUGGAGAAGGAAGAAUACAGACACAAGUCUGGGAGUCUGGUGACUCAGUGGUGACUGUAUCCCCAGCACCUGUCCCACUAUGGUGCAAGUAAGGAACACUCCGUAAAUGCUCAGCAAACAAAUGACUGUUUCCUUUGGGCAAGCGUUUUACCUUUACUCCCCUCCUACCUGGCAGACACACCGUCUCCAUGCUGACGGGAACACAAGAUCCUUUCAGAGGACGGUCGGGCAAAAGACAUCAGAGCCUUAAGAAUGGACACAAACUAAGAUCCGGCAAUUCACUUCUAGAAUGAAAAGGACUGGUGCAUAAGAAGGGCAACUUUAUGAUUUGAAAUGGAAAAACACGUAAAUGUUCCUUAAUGGGAAUCUGUUACUGUAUAUUCCUAGAAUGGGAUAGUAUCCGAUAAUUAAAAACGAACAUGAUAGAGUGGAUUAACAUAAAACGAGGUAAACAAAAUGAACCAAAGUAUUUCAGAAGAGUAAAUAUUUUCAAUUUUGUAAAAGUAAAAAAAAAAAAAAAAAAGGCGGGGGGCGGGGGUGGAUUGUGUAUAUGUAGAUGCAUUAAAACGUAUGGGAGAAGUUAAGCCCCAAAUUUUGGGAGAGGUUCUCUCGGGGCGGUGGGAUGGUGAAUUUACAGGUUGGAACUCUCGAUUCGCAAGUGCCGGGAGCUGGACCCAGAUAGAUGUAAGGAAUCCGGGAGCUCUCAAGACCGAAAGGCCAGAGGAACCACUCGUCUUAAGUAAGGACUGGUCCAGCUACUUGGAGUCACCAGAGAUGGGGUUUCUUGCGGAUUCCCUGCUCUCCCCCCACCAUCGCCCACUUCUCUUCAGUCCACACACAGCAGCCCCUUCACCCCCCACCUGUGUCAGCAGACCUGCUCCCUGUCCGGAGGAAGGAAAACAGCCUCUUCCCCUUGCUUUUAAGUCCUAGGCUUUGUUCCUAGUGCCCAAGUGAAAGUUUGUGCCCAACUCUGAAGUGUCCCUGGAGUCAAGGAGAUAGGAUGGUCUUCAGCCAACGUGAACACCCACCCCACCCCUGGAGCUGGGAUUUAGCUCAGGAUGCCUCUAGCAGCUGAGAGCGGAAAUACCCCAGUGGGAAAAAUCAGGGUCCCGUUAGCAGAAGGGGUAAGUGGACUCUGAGGAAGCAA